AUGAAAGUGACGGUCAUUGGUGCUGCUGGUGGUAUUGGCCAGCCUCUCUCGCUGCUGCUCAAGCAGUCGCCCUAUGUGACGGAGUUGUCGCUGUACGAUGUGGUGAAUGCGCCUGGUGUGGCGAAGGACAUCUCGCACAUCAACACGCCGGCGCCCGUGUCGGGCUUUUUGCCGGACCAGGAUGGCCUGGCGCAGGCCGUGAAGGACGCGCGUCUGAUCAUCAUCCCGGCUGGUAUGGCGCGCAAGCCUGGCCAGACGCGUGACGACCUGUUCAACGUCAACGCCUCGAUUGCGUAUGGCAUUGCCGAGGGCAUCGCCAAGUCGGCGCCCCAGGCGUUUGUGCUGGUCAUCUCGAACCCGGUCAACUCUCUCGUGCCCGUGUUUGCCGAGGUGCUCAAGUCGCACAACGUGUUCGACCCGAAGCGCCUGUUUGGUGUGACGUCGCUCGACCUCGUGCGUGCGUCGACGUUCGUGGCGGAGGUGACGGGCCGUCCGCAGGACGCGGACAAGUUCCACGUGCCUGUGGUCGGUGGCCACUCGGGCACGACGAUCGUGCCGCUCGUGUCGCGCACGCAGCCGGCGGCGCAGCUCGACCAGGCGCAGAUCGAGCAGCUCACGCACCGCAUCCAGUUUGGUGGUGACGAGGUCAUCCAGGCCAAGAACAACACGGGCAGUGCUACGCUCUCGAUGGCCUUUGCGGGUGCGCGCUUCGCGAAUGCCGUGCUUGCUGCCGCGCAGGGCGCUACGUCGGACCUGCCCGAGUACAGCUACAUUGACCUGACGGCAGACGAGGCCGGAGGCCGCGCGAUCCAGGACGUGGUCGGCCACGUGCCUUUCUUCAGCGUGCCGAUCACGCUGGGCCCGAACGGUGUGGAAAAGAUCCACGCCCUCGGUGAGCUCUCGUCGUACGAGCGCCAGCUCGUGUCCCAGGCCGUCGAGGGCCUGCAGGGCAACAUUGCCAAGGGCGUGUCGUUCAAGCCGACGAAGCUCUAA